UCUAUUUGCUACUUAGUCUUGUUAUUUGCGAAAAAAUACAAGCUGUUGAUGUCUCAUUUAUAUGAUAAGACAUUUUACAUAAGGUUACGUAUGAUAAUUAAUAAUCAACAUGUUUUGAAACAUAUGUCGCGAACGAUUACUGAACGAUUACUUUGCAAUUUUUAAACUACUGUAGACUAACUGGUUAUCGAUAAAUUAUCCCGCGUCGAGAUAACUAAAAAUAUUAUUUUGGGUAUGUUGAGUUUAUUUUAAAAGUAAUUAACAUUGAAACUGAGAUUUACUGGUAAGAAUGGCCGAUGAAAUAGAAACAGUUCGUCUUGCCAAUGAGGAUAUCGAAUGUAUGGAAGCAGAAAUAGAUGCUGAUGAUGUAGAUGAAGAAGGUUCGGAUGGAGUUGUCGUUCCAGAACUUCAGGGUACAUUAUCCAAAUGGACAAAUUAUAUACAUGGCUGGCAAACUAGAUUUAUUGUUCUCAAAGAUGGUACUUUAUCUUAUUACAAAUCCGAGCAGGACAGUGGAUUUGGAUGUCGAGGUUCAAUAAGCUUAUAUAAAGCUAAUAUUAAGGCUCAUGAAUUUGAUGAAUGUAGAUUUGAUGUGUCUGUAAAUGAUUGCUUGGUAUGGUAUUUAAGAGCAAGCAGUCCAGAAGAAAAGCAGCGUUGGGUAGAUGUUUUAAAAUCUUACAAGUCAGAAUCUGGUUAUGGAAGUGAAAAUAGUCUAAAGAGACAUGGUAGUGCCAUUUCACUUAUAUCAAAUACACAAUCUAUUACAAGUGCAGGAAGCUUUACUAAACGUGGAGUUAGAGGAUUGAAGGAAAAGUUAGCAGAACUUGAGACAUUUAGAGAUAUUUUGAUCAAACAAGUUGAUACUUUACAAAAGUAUUUUGAUAAUUGUGCAGAGAAUGCUAAAAAUAUUUCCUCGAAAGAAAAUAAAGUUGAGACAAUGUUUAAUCCAGCUGAACAGUCUGUAGACUUUAAGGGUGAAGCAAUAACAUUUAAAGCAACUAGUGAAGGUGUAUUAGCAACAUUACAACAUUGUGUUGAAUUAAUGGUACAACGAGAAGAUGCAUGGCGUCGUAGAUGGGAAAAAGAAGUUGAGAAAAAACGAAAAGUGCAAGAACUUUACAAAGUUUUAAAAGAUCAGGUUUCAACACAUCAAACUGACUCUCCUAGACCUAGAGUUCUUAUUCAUGGAGGUCCAGAUUAUGAGGAAGGUCCACAUAGUGCUCUCUGUGAUGAAGAAUUCUAUGAUGCAGUAGAGACUGGAUUAGAUAAAAUUGACGAAGAAAAUCAGUUGAGAGAUCGUUUGAAACAAAAAUCAGUUUCAAUUCUAACUACUCCUACCAUGUCAGCAGUUAAGCAUAGACUUUGGCCAGAGAUAGAGAAAAUAACGAUGGAACAGUUACAUUAUGCGCGCCUUGGAGUAGGCGCUGGUGGAUGGCAAUUAUUUGCUGAAGAUGGUGAUAUGCGAAUGUACAGACGUGAAGAAGAAGCGGAUGGUUUAGUGGUAGACCCUUUGAAAGCCUGUCAUGUCGUAAAAGGAGUCACAGGUCAUGAAGUUUGUGAAAUAUUCUUUAGCCCUGAGUAUAGAACAGGGUGGGAAGCUACACUUGAAGAUAUGAAUGUAGUUGAAAACGUUUCUAAAGAUACCUUAAUAUUUCUACAAACGCAUAAGCGAAUUUGGCCAGCGAGUCAAAGAGACGCAUUAUUUUGGUCGCAUAUGCGUCGAGUCUCUGAUGAUCAAGAUCCUGAUGCACAGGAUUUAUGGAUAGUUUGUAAUCAUAGUACAGAACAUCCUGAUUACCCACCAAAUACUGGAAAAUGUGUGAGGGUUUAUCUAACUGUUUGUCUUGUAUGUCAAACUUUCAUUGAUCCUCCAAAAGAUGAAGAUGAAAUAAAAAGAGAAAAUAUAACAUGCAAAAUAACUUAUUGUUCUGUUGUUAAUCCUGGUGGUUGGGCUCCAGCAUCUGUCUUACGUGCUGUUUAUAAAAGGGAGUAUCCAAAGUUCCUUAAACGUUUCACUAGUUUUUGUAUUGAUCAAUGUAAGGAUAAACCAAUUACAUUUUAA